UGUUGUUAAAACAGUUUCUUACCGUAAGAGGGAGUUCAGACAUAGAUCUUCCAGUUAAUCACAUAACAAACUUAGCUCAUCGCAAUAAAAGCAGCGCGAGCCCGGCGGCCCUCGGAGGCGCGGACUCUGGCCCGGACCGUUCAGCCGGCGCUCGCCGCCCAGGACCAUGCGGGCCCGCAGGCUCCUGCCCGUCCUGCUGCUGCAGCAGGUCCUCCUGCACCUCCUGCUGCUGCCCACCGCCGCGCCCGUCGCAGAAGGACAGAAAAAGAGAAGAAAUACCCUUCACGAAUUCAAAAAGUCAGCAAAGACUACCCUCACCAAAGAAGACCCACUACUGAAGAUCAAGACCAAGAAAAUGGGCAGUGUGGACCAGUGCGCUAGCAGAUGCACCAGGAAUAAGGGGUUGCCCUUCACCUGCAAGGCCUUUGUUUUUGACAAAGCAAGGAAAAGAUGCCUGUGGCUCCCUUUCAAUAGCAUGUCGAGUGGAGUGAAGAAAGAGUCUGGCCACGAAUUUGACCUCUAUGAGAAAAAAGACUACAUCCGAAACUGCAUCAUCGGGAGAGGGGGCAGCUACAAGGGCACCGUCUCAGUCACCAAGAGUGGCAUCAAGUGCCAGCCCUGGAGCUCCAUGAUCCCCCACGAGCACAGCUUUUUGCCUUCGAGCUAUCGGGGUAAAGACCUACAGGAAAACUACUGUCGGAACCCUCGUGGGGAAGAAGGGGGACCCUGGUGUUUCACGAGCAAUCCCGAGGUACGCCAUGAAGUCUGUGACAUUCCUCAGUGUUCAGAAGUGGAAUGCAUGACUUGCAAUGGGGAGAGCUACCGAGGGCCCGUGGACCGCACGGAGUCAGGCAAGGCCUGUCAGCGCUGGGACCAUCAGACUCCUCACCGGCACAAGUUUCUGCCUGAAAGAUACCCUGACAAAGGCUUUGAUGAUAAUUACUGCCGCAACCCCGACGGCAAGCUGAGGCCGUGGUGCUUUACCCUUGACCCCGACACCCCCUGGGAGUACUGCGCAAUUAAAGUGUGUGCUGACAGUACUAUGAAUGACACUGAAAUCCCCAUGGAAACCACAGAGUGCCUUCAAGGGCAAGGAGAGGGAUACCGGGGAACCAUCAAUACCAUUUGGAAUGGAAUUCCAUGCCAGCGCUGGGAUUCGCAGCAUCCGCACCAGCAUGACAUAACUCCUGAAAAUUUCAAGUGCAAGGACCUGCGAGAGAAUUACUGUCGAAAUCCAGAUGGGGCUGAGUCACCCUGGUGUUUUACCACUGAUCCAAACAUCCGAGUUGGCUACUGCUCACAAAUUCCAAAGUGCGACGUGUCACAUGGACAAGAUUGUUACCGUGGGAAUGGAAAAAAUUACAUGGGCAGCUUAUCCAAGACGAGAUCUGGACUAACAUGCUCCAUGUGGGACGAAAACAUGGAAGACCUGCACCGUCACAUCUUCUGGGAGCCAGAUGCCAGUAAACUGACUAAGAACUACUGCCGGAAUCCAGAUGACGACGCUCACGGACCCUGGUGUUACACGGGGAAUCCACUCAUUCCCUGGGAUUACUGCUCCGUCUCCCACUGUGAAGGGGACACCACACCUACAAUCAAUUUAGACCAUCCUGUAAUAUCUUGUGCCAAAACAAAGCAACUGCGAGUGGUUAAUGGGAUUCCAACACGAACUAAUGUAGGAUGGAUGGUUAGCCUGAAGUACAGAAAUAAACAUAUCUGUGGAGGAUCCUUGAUUAAGGAAAGUUGGAUCCUUACUGCGAGACAGUGUUUCCCUGCAAGAAACAAAGACUUAAAGGACUACGAAGCCUGGCUCGGGAUCCACGACGUGCUCGGGCGCGGAGACGAGAGGCACAGGCAGAUCCGGAAUGUGUCCCAGCUGGUGUACGGGCCCGAAGGGUCGGACCUGGUGCUGCUCAAGCUUGCCAGGCCUGCGGUCCUGGACGACUUCGUUAGCACCAUCGACCUGCCUAACUAUGGGUGCACAAUUCCGGAGAAGACCACCUGCAGUGUUUAUGGCUGGGGCUACACUGGACUGAUCAGCGCGGACGGCCUGCUGCGCGUGGCUCACCUCUACAUCAUGGGCAACGAGAGGUGCGCCCAGCACCACCAGGGCAAGGUGACACUGGACGAGUCGGAGAUAUGCGCCGGGGCUGAGAAGAUCGGCUCGGGGCCGUGCGAGGGGGAUUACGGCGGCCCGCUGAUCUGUGAGCAGCACAAGAUGCAGAUGAUUCUUGGCGUCAUCAUUCCUGGCCGAGGCUGCGCCGUCCCCAGUCGCCCUGGCAUCUUUGUCCGAGUAGCCUAUUAUGCAAAGUGGAUACACAAAAUAAUCCUGACGUAUAGGGUGCCGCAGUCCUAGCUGUGAUGCAUGCCUCUGAAGUGCACAUCAGGACUCGGCAACUGCGCAAGAAGAUUUCAGAGAACGUGGAGUGGAAUUGUACCGAAAGCAACUACUUGAGUGUCAUGUUUGUUAAGAUACUCACUAAUAUAUAAGGGUGUUUUCUGUUGUUUGUUUGUCAGUGUUAUUUUGUAAAUGUUGAAGUGAACUAAGGUACAUGCAUGUGCAGUAACAUAAUUCCUGAAGAUACUUGAAUGGAUUAAAAAAUGCAAAAAGUAUACUUGCUGGAUUAUAAAAGAUUUAAUGGAAUAGGUCAAUUAAUCUUUUCACGCUGCUUUUCAAGGUUAGUUUCUUAAUGAUGAAUAAACCAUACAUUAAGGAAUAUUUUAACCUCACCCAAACAAUUUAUACCUUGUGAUCUUAAAUUGUAACUCUGUAUUAAAUUCUAUUAUCUUUCAUGUACCAUAUGUGAUAGCUCAUUAAUUCUUUUCACUGUGUACCCAGAACAGUGGUGCACAAACUCACUUUUAUGAAACUCCAUACUACUUCCUGUACCUGGGCACGCUGGUGCUGAGAAAGUUUGUCCAAGUCGCGGUGUAUCUAGUGUAAUCUCUCAGUGCUUUAGAGGUAUGGAUCUGUAAUUUUUCCUCUAGAACAAAUGAGAACUUUCUAGAGAUCAGUAGAGAUGUUAAGAGAACAGAUGAGAGAAGCAAUGGUCUUCUGUAUGUAACCUGUAGAUGACUUCUACUGGAGGGUUUGUAAACUGAGGUUAGGACACAGAGAGCUAAGGAUUUCCUAAUCUAGGUGUUUACAUAUUUAUUAUCCUCAUUGUGUCAUGUGCUUUCUGACUCUUAAAGGGAAGAGAAUGAUGCAUAUAUUGAUACUAUUUCUUUCCUCCAACUUACAGUCACAUAUUUGUGCAAGGUCUCUGUAGAUCUGUGAUCCAAAGUAUUUCUUAAAUUUUCCAAUUGUGCCUAACUUGAAGAAAGGUAAAAUGUAUUGGCCAUUUAAAAUGCAUUAAAAUAGCUUAAUUCCAAGACUUUCUUCUGUGACUAGAUUCUAGCUCAAACU